CCUCGCGUUGACCCAGCGCACUCGUCAGCGCCGACGUCCUCGCCCCGGGUGGGCUAGUGUCCCCACUGUCCCCACUGUCCCCGCGUCACGCUGCAUCCUUUGGCGGAGGAUGAGCGAGCAAGGGAAGGGUUCAGCAUCUGCCUCCUCGGCGGCCCCGGCUCCGGGGUCGGAUACUUACAAAGGCUGGCUUUUUAAAUGGACCAACUACUUGAAAGGAUACCAGCGGCGAUGGUUUGUCCUCAGCAAUGGCCUGCUUUCAUACUACAGGACGCAGGCAGAGAUGGCGCAUACAUGCCGUGGAACAAUCAAUUUAGCCACGGCACACAUCGACACGGAGGACGCCUGCAAUAUUGUCCUGAGCAGCGGGGGCCGCACCUACCACCUGAAGGCCAGCACAGAAGUGGAGCGGCAGCGAUGGGUCACGGCACUGGAGUUGGCCAAAGCCAAAGCAAUCCGCAUGAUGAACGAUCAGUCUGAUGACUCGGGGGACGAGGAGCCCACAUCCCAGGCGAGCCGCAGCGAGCUUCAGGGAACUCUGAAGAUACUCGUCAGCAAGCUCGAUGACCUCAGCACGUGCAACGACCUCAUCGCGAAGCACGGGGCGGCGUUGCAGCGUUCGCUGAGCGAACUCGAGGGUCUGAAAGUCCCCGUGGAGGGCGGGGAGAAGAUCAAGGCGGUCAACGAGCGAGCCACCCUCUUCCGCAUCACUUCCAAUGCUAUGAUCAAUGCGUGUCGAGACUUUUUGGAACUAGCAGAGACUCACAGCAGGAGAUGGCAGCGGGCUCUGCAGUAUGAGCGAGAGCAGCGUGCCCACUUAGAGGAGACCAUUGAGCAGCUGGCCAAGCAGCACAACAGCCUGGAGCGAGCGUGGAGAGAAGCACCCACGCUCGCCUCCGCCACACCCAGCGCCCCUACCACCAGCAAAGGGAGGAGUGGGAGGCUGCACAAAGAAGAGGCGAGUGAUGAAGAUGAGGAUACUGAGUACUUUGAUGCAAUGGAGGACUCCCCUGCAUUUAUCACAGUGACUGCCACUGACAACACAGAGCACAGGCGUUCUCAAAGUAAUUUGAGUGGAGCAAGUGGAGGUCAGCCCACUGACUGGAACCAGGACGGUCAUAUGUCUCCAAGCUGUAAUGACGUGUCAGGGAGGAAGCUGCAGCCUCGCAGACAGAGGCGCACGCAGGUCCCUGACAAGCCCAACUACUCCCUCAAUCUGUGGAGCAUCAUGAAGAACUGUAUCGGCAAGGAGCUCUCCAAAAUUCCAAUGCCUGUGAACUUCAACGAGCCCCUGUCGAUGCUGCAGCGCCUCACAGAGGACCUGGAGUAUCACGAACUCCUGGACAAGGCGGCGCGCUGCGAAUCCUCCCUGGAGCAGAUGUGCCUAGUCGCUGCCUUCUCCAUCUCGUCCUACUCCACCACGGUCCACCGGACAGCCAAGCCCUUCAACCCCCUACUGGGUGAGACCUACGAGCUCGAUCGAAGGGAGGAGUUCGGCUACCGCUCGCUGUGUGAGCAGGUGAGCCAUCACCCCCCUGCAGCUGCACAUCAUGUGAUUUCCCAGCGAGGCUGGACCCUGUGGCAGGAAAUCACCAUCGCCAGCAAGUUCAGGGGCAAAUACCUCUCCAUAAUGCCUCUGGGUGCCAUUCACCUGCAGUUCCACUCUAGUGGGAACCAAUACGUGUGGCGAAAGGUCACCUCCACUGUGCACAACAUCAUUGUGGGAAAGCUGUGGAUUGACCAGUCGGGGGACAUCGAGAUUGUGAACCACAGGACCAAGGAGACCUGUCAACUCAAGUUUUCUCCCUACAGUUAUUUUUCUAGGGACGUUCCACGGAAGGUGACAGGUGUGGUGGCAGACAGUGGGGGGCAGGCUCACUAUGUACUCUCUGGUACUUGGGAUGAUAAAAUCGAGAGUGCCAAGGUCGUUCACAGCAGCCGAGGGGGCAGCGGAUCAGAGGGCAAGCAGAAGACGGUUUAUCAGACUUUGUCUCCCAAGCUGCUUUGGAAGAAAUACCCUCUCCCGGAGAACGCGGAGAACAUGUACUACUUCUCAACACUGGCACUGACCUUAAACGAGCAGGAGGACGGAGUGGGACUGACCGACAGCCGCCUGAGACCAGACCAGAAGCUGAUGGAGGAAGGGAGAUGGGACGAGGCAAACUCAGAGAAACAGAGGCUGGAGGAGAAACAACGAGCCGUGAGAAGGAGGAGGGAAGCAGAGGCCUCAGAUGCUGUAGAUGAAGAGUGUGAUUAUGACUCUGGGAAAGAAUACGAAGGCUACCAGCCAUUGUGGUUUCACCAGAGGAGGGACUCGGUCACGGGAGAUACAAACUUUGUGUACAGGGGAGGUUACUGGGAGGCAAAGGAGAGACAGGACUGGAGCAUGUGUCCUAACAUCUUCUAACCCAAGAACUCCCCCCAAAUCACAACUAACCUCAUUGGACUGGGAAUCGCUUUGCCUCUGGUCCUUCAGUAACGGUGCGUAGCGCCACGUGGACCAGUGGUGAGCAUGUGUUUGUUUUCGCACACUCUCGGAUUACCUCCAAAUGUACACUCUGUUUUUACUAUAGGGGAAAAAGAAACAGCAGUGCAAUAAUGUGUAGGUGUGACAUUUUGUUGGAGUUGUGGUACUACACAACAAAAGGAACCUGCACAUUCCUGAGAUCAGGCACUUCAUGAAUCUUACUCUCUCUUACUCACUUUUCUGUGUUCACCCGAUUUAAGUUUUUAAGAGUUUAAGAGUUUUUACCGGUUGGACAGAAACCCAAGUCAGAGCAUCUCUUGAUUUUAAACUGAGAACUAACAGGGACAAAAGCAUUAACUCACACGUAUACAGAAUACUGUUGAACACACAGCAUUUCAGGGGGUACUUUGAAAAGGGUCCUCAUACUUUGUUUAAAUCAGUACAUUUGAGUUCAUGCCAGAUUUUCUUUACGUGAAUCAUAUCACGCUCUAUAUUUUCCAACUAAAGCCAAAAAAUGUUGUCUAAGAAUGUUUGGCUUUCAGAUUUUCUUAUCAGUACGCCAGAAAAGAUGUGUUUUCUCAAAAAAAACAUUGAUAUAGAUGAGUACAGACAAAAUAGGUAACAUAAGCAGGACUUUUUAAAUCUUUAAACCUUACUACAUGUUAUUUUGUGCUGCUUAUUAUUUUGUGGAAUGUCACAAAAAAAAUGGGACACAAUACUGGAAAGAAAUCAAUAAAACUGUCCAGUAUAAAAUCUAUCACGAAAAUGAGCAUGACAAAAAAAAUUUCAUAAUAACGAGCUGUGUUUAAAUUACUGUAUUAAAUUACUUCACAGUUUAAUUGUUAUAUUAAAUAUUUUAUCUGUAUGAAUCAAUAUGAUUGUUAACUGCAUACUGUCUUUUUAUAAUAUUUUGGGGCAAACUGUAUCUUAUACAGCUGAGGUUGUUCUAUUCAGUAUGAAUGUUGGAGUUUCCCUCCACAAAUUACAGUCUGUGAAGUAGUCAAUUAGACUACUCAAUUAGAGUGCAUAUGGAGAUAAUAUGGCUGAUUCUUCAUUUAAUAUGUUGGAUACGCAGUGCAUCUCAGUCAUCUAAAUAUGAUUCAGACGUCUUCCAUUUGUGAUUCUGAUCAUUGAUAUUCAGAAAUAGGCCUAGUGAGUCCAUUAGUUUAAACAUAUAAUAUAUCCACGUCACUCCAAUCUCCAUCAAAUAACUGAACUAGACAUUUUCACUGUGGUAGAUCCUACAUUAAGUACAUAUCUCUGUGUUGAUGUUGAGAACAUUUCACUCUGUACUUUACCUUGUCCUCUGGUGCUAUCCAAAAACAACACUUAACCGUAACCUUGGUAACCGUUUAUAGACACAUCUUCUCGGUGAUCAUUCUCCGUCUGCACCAAAGACAUUCAGUGAUUGGUUUCCACAGCGUGCUCCACAAAAUCCACCCCUCACUAGUUUGAAGCUCAGAAGUUUCCAGGAGGACUGCUGCACGUGAGGUGGGAGCGGCACAUCUGAGGGGGCCAGAGGGGCUUCGCCCGACAUGAGGUCAAAGGUUACAGAAGCACACAGGGCUGGUUCCUGUAGCACACCUCUGAAAUGUGAUCCUACCACAGUUGACCCCCUCCCCAGCUGGUGCUCCAGGGUCAUCACAGCUCACGCGUAGUCCUUUCAUUCAGAGUUUGUGCACAUGCUGAUCUGGGAUCAGCUCACAAAGGCACCCCUCAGUCUAUUGCCCUCAAUCGACUGAACGAGGGAGGGAGUCCCCUGACCUGUGCACUACAAGUCUACGGAGACCAGAGUUUUAAAAAACAGUUUGUAUUUUUUUGAAAUUAUUAUUAGGAAUGUAGACUUUAAGGCUGAAGGUGUUGUAUCUACCAUCUAGUCUAUUUGUGUGAAUAUUUUGUGAUAAAUGUAAGAGAUUGUAAGAUUAAGAAUAAUUACACUGAUCUGAGUCUUAAGUUAUGCAGACAGUGUGUCCAAAUAUGAAAACAAAUGACUGAGCCGGAAGGAUUUCCAGUAAUUUCAUCUUUUAAUCCAGAUUGAUUCUGAGAGGAUGGAUGUUAACUCUUGUGCAACCUCAAUUUGGCUGCAUAUUUCUUUUUUAUAUUUAAAAAAAACUGUUAAAACAAUUAAACUUUUUUAUAGUGUCCUUGAUAUGAGAACAUUGGUAACCAUGGUUCUGUAACGCUUUCAGAGAUCAACACAUAUCUGGUAGUACACAUAUAAAAUAAUUUGUUUUUUCAUGAGUACAGUUUACUCUCUGAAUAAAUCUUACGGCCGGAAUUACAGACUUGAAACCCUUAAUUCACUUUUUAAUAGAAGUUACAUAAUACUAUUCUUUUCAAAGUCAUAGGUGGUACAUUUUGGCAGGAAAAAUCUAAAAUCUAAAAUAUGUAACUGUUUGUUAUUGUUAUGUACUUCAUCAUUCAGUUACUUACUACCUUUACUACCUACUUACUACCCCACAUCUCACAUAACGCAGCGAGAUGAGGGGGCUUUGGCUCUCAGCUGUGGCUGCUUAAACAAAACAAAGCUUAAAGAAGAAACAACACAACAACCAAAGUGUAUGUGGAGAGUGUACUGUAGACUAGAAAUAUCCUCAUUAUUUACCCUCCACAUCUGGGGGAGUUAUAAUGUAAACCCCCUCUCAUUGUUUCUCUAAUUUCAUCACUCUGAAUUCACUUUUGUGUGAUUUUUUUUCUUACUUUCUUAUUUGCUGAUUUCUACCUUCUCAUGGGUGCCAUUAUUCUUAUGUUGAUGUUUUUCUAAAUAGUUUGUAUGCAUAGUGAGUGUGCUUUGUGUGCACACAAGGCACACAUUUCCUUCUCAGUCGAUGCUGCUCAGUUAUGAAGCAGAAGCAAUCUAUUAAAAUGGGGAGAAUUUCUUGCCUUGUCCUAAUUCAUGGCUUUCUGGUGAGAUAAGAUAAUGUCAAUAAUCUGUAUGAUGAUGAUGAUAAUAGCUAUGAGAUGCAUCACAACCGUGGCCUGGUACUAGAGGUCAAAGGAGAUGGAUCUCCUUGACUGCUACUCUUAAUCCCCAAAUACAUGUAGGUGUUUUCAGGUGAAACUACAAAUUCAAGAUUUCUUUUUUUUUUAUUGUGUAUCUUCUCCCUUAAUUUGUACUCGUAUAACAUUGUCUGUUAAUGACAAAGAUAUAAUAAUGAGAAAAAAAGAAGAUAAUAAAGUUACGAUUGUUGAAGCUG